UGAGAUCAGAUCUCAGUGUGUUCAGACUUCAUCACAGUUCACAUCAGACCUCCACCUCAUCAUCAUGAAGUCCUUCAUCUUCCUUCUGUCUCUGGUUCCGGUUCUGCUCUCGGUCCGGGUCUCAGCGGGUCCGAGCUGCGGACCGUGUGACCCGGCUCAGUGCGCUCCGGUCCCGGUGGACGGCUGUGCUGCCGGCUCUCUGCUGGACGCCUGCGGCUGCUGCACCGUGUGCGCCUCCGCGGAGGGAGAGGUGUGCGGUGGGCGCCGCGCGGCAGCGCGCCGCUGCGGCCCCGGGCUGGAGUGCGUCAAAAGCGACGAGGACAAUAAGAAGAAGCUGGGAGUGUGCGUGUGUAAGAGCAACUAUGAGGUCUGCGGCACCGACGGAGUCACGUACAAGAGCGGUUGCGCGCUGAAGAAAGCCAGUGCGAGCGCAGAGAAAGAAGGCAAAGAGCCCAUCAGCGUCCAGAACAAGGGCCGCUGCGCCUCAGCUCCAGUCAUUGUCACCCCUCCAGGUGAGGUCUACAACGUGAGCGGCUCUCAGGUGUACCUGAGCUGCGAGGCGGUGGGUGUGCCCACACCUGUCCUGACCUGGAAGAAGGUCCUCAGCGGGAGGAAGAGGAUGGAGCUUCUUCCUGGAGACAGAGACAACCUCGCAAUUCAGACCAGAGGAGGACCAGAGAAACAUGAAGUGACCGGCUGGGUGCUGAUCUCCCCUCUGACCAAAGAAGAAGAAGGAUCGUACGAGUGUCACGCCACCAACUCUCAAGGAGAGGCUUCAGCUAUCGGUACGAUUCACCUGGUCGAGUCCCUCGAUGACAUCGUCAAGAAAGUGACAAAGGACGGCGAGCUGUGAAGAGGACCGUCACAGGAAACAGCUGAAGAGGAUUUUUUCAACUCUCAGUGAAAUGAUCAGAUUUUUCCUCUUCGUUUCUUUUCAUGUAUUUCUUAACAAAAAACACCUUUAGUUUUGACUUCAGUCUGAAUUUUGUUUAGUUGAGUUCAAUGAUUUAGUUUCUGUUUUAAAAAAAAAGCACUUAGAUUUAAAUCUCUUUAUUUUUUCUUUCUUGAUCCAAAGUUUUAGUUUAACUUUUCUUAUUUCAACAUUUUAUACUCAUAUAUUUUAUCAUGUAUUAUCUUUUCUCCUCUGAACAAAGAUACACUGUAAUCAAUAAUGCUUUUAUUUUGGAAAGACUUGAAUCUGAUCACAGCCAUAGUUAAACCAUUGGUGACCAUGGCAACAGUGCUACUGACCCAGGUCACCAUGGCAACAUGAUACUGAUACAGAUGGUGCUUUUAUCAUUUAUUAUUUCUUGUGCAAAUAUCUGAAAAAACUCAGUUUAAUGAAGCAGAUUUUCUUCUGAGCAGAUUUUCUUCUGAGUUCUCAGAUUACUCUCGCAGUGACGACUGACAGAAAACUAAAACUGUAUUGAUCAUCAGUUCAGGUCUGUGUAUUAAACUUUAAAGUUUUAUAUGUGUUUGAUGAACUUUUUUAUCUCUCCGAGCUUCGGUUUGUUGGUGGAAACUGAAAUUACUUUUUCAGUGUUUCCUCUCAAAUAAAACUAAUAAAAAUGGUAGUUUUUAUUUUGUUGUGUGAAACUGAUCAAUAAUCAACAUUUCUGCCGUUUCACUGUUGAAUAAACUGACUUCAACGUUU